AUGCAAACGUUAAAGUGUGUUGUUGUUGGAGACGGUGCAGUUGGUAAGACAUGUUUAUUAAUUUCGUAUACUACGAACCAGUUUCCUGCAGAUUAUGUUCCGACUGUGUUUGAUAACUAUGCAGUGACGGUGAUGAUUGGGGAUGAGCCUUACACGCUAGGGUUGUUUGAUACAGCUGGCCAGGAGGAUUAUGACAGAUUGAGACCCUUGUCGUAUCCUUCUACUGAUGUUUUUCUUGUCUGUUUCAGUGUGGUCUCACCACCGUCGUUUGAAAACGUCAAGGAGAAGUGGUUUCCUGAAGUACAUCACCAUUGCCCCGGCGUCCCAUGCUUGAUUGUGGGGACUCAGAUAGAUCUAAGGGAAAACAAAAUGGUUAUCGAGAAAUUACAAAGACAAAGGCUGCGCCCAAUCACUCCGGAACAGGGUGAAAAAUUUGCCAGGGAAUUGAGAGCUGUUAAAUACGUCGAGUGUUCUGCACUAACCCAACGUGGACUAAAAAAUGUCUUCGAUGAAGCUAUCGUAGCUGCCCUAGAACCUCCUGUUAUCAAGAAGAGCAAGAAAUGCACCAUAUUGUAG